AUGCCUCUUCCCCCACCCCCACCAUCAACUACCUCCCUCGCCACAAUUGGGAACACCCCAGUCCUCCACCUCGCCAACAUAAACCCAAACACCUCCACCCACGCCUCCAUAUACCUCAAGCUCGAAUCAACCAACCCCACAGGCUCCUACAAAGACCGCAUGGCGCAAUCCAUGCUCGAAGCUGCCGAGCGCCGCGGCGACCUAAAGCCCGGCAUGACAGUCGUCGAAGCAACAGGCGGGAGCACAGGGUCUUCCCUGGCCUUCAUCUGCGCGGUAAAGGGGUACAAGUUCCACGUUGUGAGCUCGGAUGUCUUUGCGCAGGAGAAGAUCCGGACGAUGCAGGCCUUUGGCGCCGAUGUGGAUCUUGUCCCUUGUCCUGGGGGUAAGAUUACGAAGGAGCUUUUCCCUGAGAUGAUGAGGCGCGCGAAGGCCGUUGUUGAGUCUGAUGAGAAGGAGCAUUACUAUACGAAUCAGUUUCGGAAUGCGGAUGCGUUGCAGGGGUAUGAGGGGCUAGGGAGGGAGUUGGUGCAGCAGUUUCCGGAUGGGAUUGAUGCGUUUUGUGGCGCGGCGGGAAGUGCAGGGAUGGUUAUGGGGGUGUCGAGGGUUUUGAAGAAGGAGCAAGGAGGGCAGACUAAGGUUGUGGUUCUUGAACCGGCGUCGUCGCCGGUGAUGACGGAGGGGAGGGCUGGUGUGCAUGGUGUUGAGGGGAUUGCGCCGGGGUUUGUGCCGCCGCAUUUGGAUGAAGCUCUAUAUGAUGAAGCGAGGGGGAUCUCGGAGGAGGAGGGGCGGGCAAUGUGUCGUCGGCUUGCGAGGGAGGAGGGCAUUCUGGUUGGGACGUCGACGGGGCUGAAUGUUGUUGCUGCGGUUGCGUUGGCGAAGGAGCUGGGACCUGGGAAGACGGUGGUGACUGUUGCUUGUGAUACGGGGUUAAAGUAUAUGAAUAGCGAUCUUUUUGCUGAUAACUAG